AUGUGGCUCAGAUCCUGCGGGAAUAGGAGAUGGAUUGGAAUCUGGCUCUGCUUUUUGGACGUGGCCAAGGCCUCUUCGCUGGGGUGCGUGGUCCGGGUUGGCAACGCCAGUGACGAUCUUCACGCCUUUGCCGCAGCAGCGCAGACCUGGGGCGUGAAAUGCCGCUGGUUUGUUGGCCUAGCCCCAACUCCUGCAGUUGCAGACAUGGGACGAAGGCUUGUGAACGGCACCAAAGCCAGAGUCCUCACCCUUGAAGGUGCUUCGACACCCUUGGAGGUAUUGCUGCGAUCAUACCAGCUCAAGGGCGCGUUUCCUGGUGGCCCUCCUCGCCUGGCUUGCGCUCUGGCAGAUGCGUUUAUGUUUUUGGUCGUGGAGAACUUGAUGAAGGCAAUUGAGGAGGCAGGUCUUCAUGAUGCUCAUUUGUUUUCUUUGCUUUGCGGAUCGCGGCUUCUUUGCCAAACUGCUGCAGCUGGCACGGCCCUCUCUGAGCUGCCUCUCUCGAUUGCUUCACAGAGGCUACAGGAAAGGGCAAUGCGACUGGGGCCAGCAUGUGGUCGUCGACCCGAAGAGGCUUGCGCGGAAGCAAUACGGUCCCAGAGGACGCUGUAUCCCCCAGCAAUUCAUGCGAGUGGCGCAGCUGGACAUCGGAGCUUGUUCUCCGCACUGUAUUUGGCAUGGCCAGCGACCUCCUGGGGAUGCAGGAGGGAAUAUCCAGUGGCAAUUCCGGACGCAGUACGACCGUUUGGCCAACGCAAGCUGGCCGUCGCAGUGCUGAUUGGUUCGCUGUUGCGCUCGCCGGCAUCAACCAUCUUGCUUCUUGGGCGCCUUUUCGUGGAGGAGGUGGAUUACCAAGUGUUUGUGUACACCGCCCCUAUUGCACAGUCGCGAGCUUGUGCCGACGCUCUCGCAGUACUGGUCGGUGAAUGGGUCUCUGCCAAGCUCAAGGUGGCGUCUGUUCGAGACUCAUUGGAAGAGCAGUACUUUCAAUCUGUUGUCGGCACUCGACACAUGCGGCAGUGGUACAAGCUCCGCGCGGCGUAUGCCAUGAUGGAGGAGCAGGAACGAAUGCAAGGCUGGAAAUACGACUUGGUGCUCAAGAUGCGGACGGACGUUGAAUUCAUUUCGCCGCUGAGUCUGGCUCACUUCCCUGAGGUGAUGUCGGCCCGGGUGGUGUACAGCGCGGGUGACAUCAUUUUCUUCGCCAAUCGUCAGGUGGCUCACACCUUGCUUGAUGAAAUUUUGGAGCAGCUGGUCAGCCGUUCUGGCAAUGAGCGCAGGUUGCUGCCUCUGAACUACGAGCGGUUGUUGCGCACUGGCGAGGGAAAUGCCUUGAAUUUACAGGUCUUUCCAGACGUGCCCGGCAUCCGAGAUGCGGUGUAUGGAAAGGCUUCACGGGGUAUGCUGAUGUCAGCAAUCCGGAAGCACUUUGGGGAGCUAGAAGCCGCCCAACACCGUGCUCUGCGGGGGGAGGCAGUCCCGACGGUGUCUGGGCACUGGAGGUUUCGCAACGACACAAAGGAGUUCAAGACUUGGCAGAGGAUGAACCGCUUGCCGCGUGAUAACGAGAUGUGCUCUAUGAGGCAUUGGUUUUACCACGUGCACACCGCUGAACCAGAAGUUCUGAUGAGAGGGUGGACGGCUUCAAGCUUUACCCUGUCCAAGACAAGGCACUACACGAAUUGCAACUGUGAGCCUCCAGAGUGCCUUCCAGUUGGCUGGCCGAUGCCGUGGCCGGAAUUCGGCAAUGCUUCGCACGCACGCUGGGCGGGUAAAACAAUGCGCGUGUGGCGAUGA